CUAGGACUUCCCGUCAUGUGUAAGAUGUAACUUAGAUGAAAACUAGCCAGGAGUUAUUUGUCGCUGAAAUUAUCGCUCUCUAAACUCUUUAUUCUCUCGGCGCCGUUGAAGGCUUGCAGCUGGCUUGCCAUCUAUAAAAGUAGCUCCGGGGCACUCACAACAUGCCGUGUGACGACACAAGUCCCAAGUCGCCGGUCCGCUCCACUCCCUUACCUGCCGCUGCCGUUGCUCGGGCCAAGAUCAAGAGGGAGAAUUCUGGCGGCAGCCUGGGGGGAGGUGGCCCAAAUGAGCAGAUCCAGAAUCCGAGCCCGGGGAAGCGGACUGUGUGCGACCACUGUCGUCGAAGACGCAUACGCUGCGAUGGCCAGUUUCCGUGCCAACAGUGUAACAACGCCGCGCUUACAUGCAAACGCGAGCAUGUCCCCAAGAAGCGAGGGCCGAAACGUGGGCACGGUCGAGUGAUCAACGAGCUACGAGCUCGGGAAAAGGGUGUACGGGAACCCGACAGUGCAAGUGGCUCAGAUGUCGAGGCAGAUCCUUAUCCCUCAGAUCUAACGUCUACGGCCCCAUCACCGCCCACACAGCCGUGGAAUCCAUGGACGACAGUGACCUCGGACUCGCGCAAUGAAACCGAGUCCAAGGGGCCCUUUACCUGCGAUACAUUCCGACCUAAGAGCCGAAACUAUCUCUACCUCGUCCCACAAUGUGUCGACUUAUACUACGAACACAUCUAUCCCAUCAUGCCUCUGCUCUACAUGCCCACGAUUCGAACCAUCAUCGCCCGCCCCAUGACGCCAUCGGAAAAGAAUCUCAUUUAUGCGCUGAGUGCCCUGACCGCGCUCCAUAUGUCGGGUAGGUCGUUGUCAACCCCAGGUCCACCGUCUUGGGAAUUGGUCGGCCGGUUCUUCCUCGACGAGUGCAUAUCCGCGCGGCAGUCAUACGACUUCCCCGAAGACAUGUCUCUCAAUGCGGUAAUAUCCUCUUUCUGGCUAAGCACGAGCUUCUUCGAGAUCAACCAGAGCCGCAAGUCCUGGUACUAUCUACGAGAGGCGCUUACUCAGGCUAUCGACAUACGUCUGCAUGACAAUACAUCAUAUGUCGGUCUACCGGUUGAGGAACAGCUUUGUCGUCAGCGGGUGUUCUGGAUCCUAUUCGUGACGGAAAGGAGUUUUGCGAUCCUCAGGAAUAAGCCCCUGACUCUGCGCAGGACGCCGAGUUUGCCGACCACGAAGCAUGAUUACGAAGCACCUGAAAUCCAUUCCGGGUUUCUGAAGCUCGUGAGCAGUUAUGCGCCGCUGGACGAGAGUUUCGUAAACGCAUGGAACGACGGGAAUGAUCCCCAAGUUAGCGCAACGACGUACCUGAACCUUCAGCAGAUCCUCGCCCAGCCCCUGGAUUUUCUUCGUCCGAAACGCAAAAGUCCAAGUCCGCCGCUUCCAUCAGAUGUACUGCCCCUAUCCUCGGCUCCAUAUUCAACGAGAACCGUAACCUCAAUCCCAGCCCCUGCCACAGCGUCAAACACAGCUGUCCAGCCCGAUAACGAAGAAGACCCUGACCCAACGACGAUCCAAAAAGCCGAUCUCCUCGUAACCCAACAAUGGCUCCGUCUCAUCGUCUGGCAGUCCUCGUUCCGGCAGGGCCUCCUCUCCACCGCCGCCCCGCAUGAAUCCUUCACGUUUUCGUUCCCCUUAACCAUCGCCCGCGACACCGCCUCGGUCCUGCACUCACUUCCCUCCCGCGCCGUCGAAGUCCACGGCAUGGGCAUCUUCGAGAAGAUCUUUGAGAUCGGAACCUGGUGCGUCAACGUCAUGGGCGCGUACGAUGCGGGAAGCAGUAGUCCAUUACGUCCGUUUGACGGGGCUGGGGAGAAUCCUGUCAGGGGGAUGGAUUUCGUGGGUGGAGAGCUGGCGUUUUUGGGUGGAGGGGGAGUAGGGAGGAGUGCAGCGACGGUCGACCCCGUGGAAUUCUUCGUGAAGACGUUGAGUGCUAGCCCGAAUAGUAGGGCCAUGUUUGCUGAAAAGCUGCUGAUGUUUGCCGGAGAGACACCGGGUGGGACGAGGACGACGCUGAGCCCGGGGCUGUCGAGUCUGACGGGGGUGGGGAUACAUACGGGGUGGAGUGAUAGUGGUAGAGUGGGCCCUGGAGCGAGUGUAGAGGGGACUGUAAAACAUGAACCCGAAGCCACAAGAGCAUUGGCUUUAGAUUUGGACCUGGAGUCGGAUUUGAAUUUGAAUACGGAUCGGGUUAUGGGCAACGGUGAUAUCGGAAUGGUCGGGGCCAGGAUUGGUUUCGACAUGGUCUCACGGCCUGGAACAGGGGCAACGACAUAUAUGAAUAACGACAUUGGGUUGGGAUUAAUCAACACGCAGAAUUCAGAAUAUAGCAUGGCGGCGGAGAACGGUCCAAUCUCAGCUGGUCUAUCGGUAUCUGCAUUUUCAGAAGCGACCGAAUAUGGACUGGGUAAUCCAUUUGUUAAUGGUGUUGGGCGGUCGCUCUCCAGAGACAUGACGUUUUUGGGUAAUGUAGAUUGAUUACGGGUCGGGAUUUCAAGAAUAGUGAGUACGAUGACGAGGAAACCACUGGAAAUGGUGUUCAGGCGGCAUGGGCAUCAUCAUCGGCGGGCCUUCCUGGGAUUUGAUGAGCAGGGCAAUCAGAUCAAAUGCACAGGACUGUAAUAUAAUGUAAUGUCGAUUCAUGUAUCAUCGUGAUUUUCACGAGAUAGUGGCCUAUGUUACACCGUGUAGCAUCGAAAUCAAGCUACUUG